AUACCUGAGAACCACAAGCUCCAGAGAGCCUGGACUUACAAGCUAAGGAUCCAAGAUUACUCCAGUGCCUGGGAGCCAGAGUAAAGGGCAAAACCACAGCUUGGAACCUGGAGGUCAGCAUCCUUGGGAGGCUCAGGCCUGGUUCCCCACCAGUGAAGGCAUAGAUGCUGGAAGGAGGGCUAGACGCUGGGGGGAAGACUAUAGGGUUGGAUCCCAGGGGAAAGGGGAAAAGAAAAAGCAAUAGAAAGCAGAGAGCCUAGAUGCCACUUCCUCUGAAGUCCCAGGAGCCAGGCUAAACACAAAGUUAACUCAUCAAGAACCACAGAGGUGGAAUAGGCAUUUCUACACCUCGAUCGGUCCCAAGAGCUGUAUUACCCUGUACUCCUUUCCCCAUUACUAUUUCCAGUCAUUUAAGAAUAAUGGGCUGUAGGACCUUCACAUGUAAGCUUUGGUUAUUCAGUCCACCAUUUUUAAUCUUCAGUUACCUGAGCGGGGUUUACCCCCGGUAGGUGUAUAAUCCCUGCCGUGGUAGUGCCCUCUCCUUGCAAGAGACCAGCACUUAGGAUGGCCUUAACCUAGACCUGGCACAGCAGGAUACGCAAGGGGAAAGGCUGCAGCUGACGGCCGUGUUAUCGGAGCCAAGUGCAAACGGCUUUUGCACUAUGUAUUCGUUGUCUUCACUAUCUUCACAAGAUAGGCAGUAUUUACUGACCGCUUACUCUGGGCCCCUCCAUGCCCUGUGCUGAAACCACCUCUCUCCUUCCUGACCUUCCUCUUCCUGUGGGGCUGGGGAGCCGGGCCGGCGGUUUGGGGGCCAGCGCGCCCGACGGCGGACGGCAGGCGGCAGGGGCCGGGUCCGCGGCAGCGCGGCCAUUCACAGCUUCUCGUCCAGCUAACACUUCCGCCUGCGCGAGUCCUUCCGGGGCAGAAGUCACUAUGGCGGCGGGCUUGGCUCGGCUCGGGCUGCGGUCUGUCAAGCAGGUUCGGGUUCAAUUCUGCCCCUUCGAGAAGGACGUGGAGUCGACGAGGACCUUCCUCCAGGCGGUGAGCAGCGAGAAGGUGCGCUCCACCAACCUCAACUGCGUGGUGAUUGCGGACGUGCGGCACGACGGCUCCGAACCCUGCGUGGACGUGCUUUUCGGAGACGGGCAUCGCCUGGUGAUGCGCGGCGCCCACCUCACCGCCCGGGAAAUGCUCACUGCUUUCGCCUCCCACAUCCAGGCCAGGAGCGCCCAGGCCAGUAGCGCGGCGGGGAGCGGGGACAAGCCAGGCGCUGGGACCGGGUCCUGACAGUGCGGAGGAGACCAACAAGCAGAUUUUAGCCUCGGACUAGGACACUUAAGAGCUUGACUUAAUCACUCAAAUCACUAUCUGGAGGGCCACAGAACGCCACCAACAACAACGAAAGAGCCUUGUGACUACAAAUCCAACCAACGUUUCUGAGACAAGACAAGAUCACCGAGGGGUCGGGACAAACUUGAAUUUAUUUUACUUUCCUACCGUCACUCAACCGCUUUUGAAUUGGGCUUCUCCCACCACUCACUCAAGGUGCCUCUUAGACUUAUUAGCCAAAUCCAGUGCUGUUUUCUCAGUCCUCAUCUUUCCAUCUCAGUAGCCUCUGCCACUCUCAAUUCACUCCUUUGUGGAACCUGUCUUCCUCUUGGGUCCUUUUUCUUUUCUUAACAGUAAGGGUGUACUACUCUAUCCUUCUUUUUCUUCUCUCUUUAUUUUUGGGGCAUCUCAUCUUCUGUCAUAUCUUGAACUGCCCUCUCGGGUUAAAUCCUGCAUUUCUGUUUGGCUCUAAUCUCAACUUCUGUGCUAUAGUCGGGUUACCUACUACCAGUAUCCUCCAAAUCCCAAACGCUCUUUGUCCAAAAUAGAACUGAUGAUCUUACAUACACAUAUACUUGUCUCUCCCCCUGACUCCCCCAUUCCUUUUAAAGAUACUUCAUCUGCUCAGCCACCUGGGCUGGAAACUACAGCAUUAUCUCUGGUUCUGCCCUCUCCUUUUCCCUGCAUAUCCAGUCAGUAAGUUCAGAAUACUCUGUCUAAACAAAAGCUCUGAAAUAUUCUGUCCAUUCCCAUUCAUUGUCUUGUAUCAUUACAUUCUUCCACCAAGUAUCCUUUUUUCUAAUUUUUGCUGCUGUUCUAGUUUAUCUUUCCAAAGCACAUCACUGGUUUUAUGUCUCACCACUUCUUGUUUCAGAGAACAGUGCCUAGUAUUUUUCAUACUAGGUUACCACCCAUUAGUGUGGAUCAUGAAAUCAAUUUAGGGGGUUAAAUCAGCCUUUAUAAAACAGAAUAGAAUAAAUAGAAUAAAAAGUAUCAGAGUUCAUGGCACAUGGAAUGGGAAGUAUUUAAUCAUGAAUAUGUAGAUAGGUGGAUAGAUCUAGAUAUAUACUGUGUAAAGUAUAUGUAUGUGUGUGUAUCUGCAUGUGCUUGGUUGCAACAUAGAGUUAUUUCUUAUCAUUGGUUGUAGGAAAACAUGGUUGAUAACCACUGGUUUAGAGAAGAACUCUGAAUGCUCAGCUAGGCAGUCACAGAUCUCUGGACACUGGCUGCUGUGUACUUUGCCAAAUACAUUUCCCAUGACUCUCCCACAGCAUUACCAUACUGCUUCCCUGCUUAAAAGGGUGCUGUCUUCAAAGGGCUGGUUUUUCCCCUCUCCCUUUAAAAAAAGAAAACUACCAGGAGGCAGUAUAGUGUAGUAAAGAGUCAGAGUACGUGGGGUUGAAAUCCCGGGUUUGCCCUUAAGGAGUUAUGUAUCUUUGGACAAAUUACUUGGUCUCUCAGUGCCUGUUUCCUCAUUUGUAAAAUGGGGAUAAUAGUAUCUGCCUCAUAGGAGUGUUGAGAAGAUUAAAUGAAUUGAUAUCUAUAAAGUACCUAGAACAUUACUGGGAGUGUAAUGGGUGUUGUUAUCUAAGAGACUUUAUGCCAUAGUCAAAAGGAUACUGACAACCUAGAUUUGAGUCCCCCAUAUUUGUGGUUAACUUGCUAUUAUCUUUGGCCAGACUUAACCACUCUCCUCGUCUAUAAAAAUGGGGAUGGUUCAAACAUCGCUCUGAACAUGGAUUGAGUGCUGGUGCUGUGCUUCUAGAUUAUGAACCUGGGGUUGGGGCUGUUUUCUCUGUGUCCCCAGCACCUUGCAUAGUGCCUGAUACAGAGUGUGCAAUAAACAUUUGUUGAAUUUACAAAUAUUUAGCAUCUACCUUGUGCCUGUAGUCUAGUACUGAGAUACAAAUAUGAAUAAUGAAACUCAGGUAUGUAAUAAGUGCUACAAUAGAGAUACAGACCAGGUACAAUAAUAGCAAGAAAGAUAAAGACAGGACUCAGCAUUGGGUUUGGUCAGCAGAUGAUCCCUUAAUGAGCAAAAAGUCUUAGCAGUGGAGAGUGGGGCCAGAAGUCAGAUUAUAGUGAAAUAGGAAGUCAGCAUGCAGCAUCAAGUAUUAGUUUUAUAUAAUGAGUUUGGAUGGGAGGUGCAUUGAUAGCUAGAGUAACAUAAGGGUGUGGAGAAGGGUUUUAUAAAGGAUGAUAGGGAUUUGUACUUGAUGAAAAUACCUUUUAUGCUGAGCUGUUGCUGAGAAGUAUGAAUCUAAGUUGCAUUUCUGAACCACCGUCUACAAUGUUGACUCUUCUAGGUCAAUCUGAGGUGCACAUGCUACCUCCUUCCUACAGCUUUCCCAGAGUUGGACAUAAUGAUCCUUCCCUUAAGCUCCUUUGCUUCCUAGGUUGUAGACAAGAAAAAUAAAAGGCAUUCUUUUAGUUCAUGCA